AUGGCCGCCCGAGUCGCCCGAUUCCGGGAGGCAAGGCUGCGGGAGCUGGAGGCGGCCGUGUCCGAUCUCGACGCGGACGCCCUCGCCAGUCUGCUCGCGAGACUGCAGUCCCAGAGAGUUCUUGGCAAGGGGGGCCUGGCCAUCCUGGCCACUUUCGUGGCCGAUGUGGAGCGGGACGCGCCGUCGUUCGCGUUCGGCCACUCCGCUGCGGCGCCGCCCUGGGACGAGGGCGCCGUGGCUGACGCCGUUUCGGUGCCGGGCGUGGUGACGUCGAAGGGCAGUCGCGUGUGGUGCCGCGGGACAGUCGUUCCGACGUUCGGCGUGGAGAUCCCGGAUGUCCUCCCAGCCACAGCGUCGCCCGUUUUUCUGGGCGCGCGUGACGCCGCUGAGGCUCGCGACUUUUUGCUGCUAGCGAAGGGCGACGUCCGCCCGCGUAGCCUCGCUAUCAUUAAUAUGCCGGCUCUCGCCCCUGCGCAGAGAGACCCCCUACACGACGGGGCGGCGUCUGCGUGGCGUGCCGCGUCGGCCGACGCCGGGCUGAGGCCCCCCCUGGGCGAGCGCAACGUCGUGGGCAACCGCCGCAGAGGUUUGGUCGGGGCACCGUGGGGUCGCCAGCGGGGCACCGACGGGGCACCGCGGAAUUGGUUUCCGGGGGUGUGA